GCUGACCAUCAACCACGCGCACCGGUUAGCGCGGGCAGCCAGCAAGCUCCUUCGCUUGAAUUCCCCAACGCCAGCACAUCGACUGGCCCGAGGCUGGAACGUAGGCUCGCAGGCAGCUCUUUAUUCAACGGCGCUCCAUUCCGGCCAUCCAGACUCUUUCUUAAUGCAGCAACAAACGUACUACCCCCAGCACGUCGGGUCCCUUAAAUCCACGCACGUCAGGGAAGACAGGCAGGCGCAAAUCCAGCCCAGUCCCACCACUCUGGCAAUGACGACACCUUGAGCUUUCACUACUAAGCCUGGGCGCACAGCGGCGUCACAGCUGAGGUUCUCCAACUCCGUUUCCAUCCGCCGACCGACAUGUUCGCACUCUCGCUCGUCAUGGGCCCCCGGAAGCGAGCGCGGCCGAACCCCAGUGAUGGUGCCGGCGCAUCAAGCACGAUCAGCCUCCCCCUUCCUCGGCCAGAUCCAGAAGACACGCACGCGCGACUACUGCCCGGGCCCGAGGCGGCCGCAUCGUCUCCAAACCUUCCGAUACCCUCGGCACCAACGCAGAAGCCAGCAAUGGAAGCGCAGGCGUCCGACAAACGCUCUUCCAUCAACAGCGAUGCGUCGCAGCCCAUGCCCAAGCAAGUGAAAAAGACAAAGAGCUGGUAUGGCUCCUGGCCGCGCGCCCCGCGAGCCAAGGCAGCCCCGUCGACGCAGGUCGCCCGAGAGUCUAUACUUGGGGGUACGUUGAAGCCCGACAUAACACUCGACUUGUCUCGCUAUGAUGCCAAGAAAGUCUCUGCAGACGCUGCCGGUGACGCUGCCGCCGAUCAUGGCGGCGUUGCCAUAACUUCGACGCUUCCACACAUCGAGGAAAACGGGCCAGCUGGAACCCAUGCAAACGCCCCUUCAGAGACCGCCGCUGCCGUCACUCCGAGCCGCGAACCUUCCAGCACCACCGGGGGGCCGGUCGCAAAAGCCCCAUCACCUACCGACCAAGAAACCCCACGCGCUUCUCAGGCCACUACUGCUGAGCUCCCACAGCAGCCGGUGACAUCUUCUGGAUGGCUUGGCUGGUUGGGCAGGCCAACCGUAACGGAUGUCUCAGUUUCGCUAGAGCCCGCAACGCCAGAGCCUAAUAAGCCCGAUACUUUGUUAGAACAAGAACAGGCCAAGGAUGAGCAUGCUGCCCCUAAAACCGGUGAUGCGCAGGAAGCGUCAGCGAGCUUGGGCGAUGUAGUGCCCUCGGCUUCCCAAUCGCUCCCAGAGCCCACUGGCUCGUCGUGGUUUGGAUUUUGGCCGGCUCGGACGCUUACCAAACAGCCAGACCCAACUGAUGAACGAGAUAUCGCCAACAAGGACGACGGGCCAACGCCACAACUUGCAGUCGACGCAGAGCCAGCAAAAGGGCAAGAAGACGUGGCCAUUCCAGAUGCACCAGUGACUUCACCACAGGCGCAACCUGCCGGGUCUACUUGGGCUUUUUGGUCCAGAGACACCAAGAGUAAGCCCGGAACUGCAGACACCUCGGCUCGUGAGCCUGGAGAGAUUGCCGUGAUGGGGCAGGGCUCGGAAGCUCAUCCUCAGCCAGCAAGCAAUGCCGAGGUCAAGAUCACCACACCUAUUGUAAAAGAACCAAUGCCUGUAACUCAUACCAAGGACGCGGGCAAGAAGCCCAAGAGACUUCGACCCCAGUCCAUGGAUAUUGAUGAGCCCGGAGCUCGACCUAGUACACCAGCCUCGACUUCCUCGGUGGCAGCAGACUCGGCCAGUAUCAGAUCGGCUACGCAGACCCCUGACAGUACCGCCAAGAACUCUGGCGCAAACCUCUUGCUUCCGUCGUUUAGGUCGACGUACCGAAUGAAGGGAAACCCGUCCAUCCUACGCCAAAUUACGCAGUUCCUUCUCCGCACUCAACAACCACCGCCGCUUAACCACGUCUUCCUUGCCCGAGAGCCGCCAAAGAUCAAAAAGGCGCUUGCCAUCGGCGUGCAUGGUUUAUUCCCAGCUACCUACCUGCGGCCCAUGAUAGGGCAGCCCACUGGCACAUCAAUCAAAUUUGCCAAUCAUUGCGCUGACAGCAUCCGGCGGUGGGCUGAUAGCCACGGGUGUGAGGGGUGCGAGAUAGAAAAGGUGGCGCUGGAGGGUGAAGGCAAGAUCGGAGACCGGGUCGAGAACCUUUGGAAGCUUCUCCUGAACUGGAUCGACCUCAUCCGACAGGCAGAUCUUAUCAUGGUUGCUUGCCAUUCCCAGGGAGUCCCCGUCGGCGUCAUGCUGGUCGCUAAGCUCAUUGAGCUCGGAAUCGUUACGACAUCGAGGAUUGGCAUUUGCGCAAUGGCGGGUGUAUCUCUUGGGCCCUUUCCGAGCUACCAGUCGGGGAUGGGCAUGCUCAUGGGGUCCGCUGCCGAGCUAUGGGAAUUUGCAAAUCCCGAAAGCGAAGUGUCGAGGCGCCUAGAGGCGUCGCUCAGAGCCGUACUAGCUCAUGGAGCGCGGGUUACGUACAUUGGGAGCAUGGACGACCAGGUCGUGCCUCUUGAGUCUGCCCUCUACUCGUCGGCGAGCCACCCACUUCUCUAUAGGGCAGUUUUUGUUGACGCUAGGGUGCAUGCUCCAGACUUCAUUGCCCACCUGGUCGGGUUUGCGCUCAAGCUACGCAAUAUGGGGAUUUCCGACCAUGGGCUUAUCCGGGAGCUGAGUGUACCACUCGCUGGGUCACUGUACUCGGGUGCCGGCCAUUCUACCCUGUACGAUGACCCACAGGUCUACGACCUUGCCAUAUCGCACGCCCUCGAGACCAGCGACGUUGGCCGAGUGCCUUGCGAGAUCCGAAGACAUGAGGGCAUCACCAACCCCAAUCCGUACCACCUGCCAUGGAUUAUGCGUGGGCUGCUGGAGGAAGACCUCGCCAGGACAGAGCUCUCGUCCGAGGUCGCGGAGCUUCUGGCGCAGUUCGACAACUGGAAGCCCGUCACCAAGCCCCUGAAGGACGUCAAGUACAGGCUGGAAGCGGUCCGGUCCAAGUUGUAGACGGAUAGACGGUCUCGUUACUUUGAAGACAUUCGUACAUUACCUGGCGAACCGCGUAAAGUUGCAUUUGGUGGGAGGGUCUACGGCGUUCUUCAUACAUUCUUUGUUUCUUUGCGUUUUCGUUUUUCAUCUCAAGCAGCCUUUUGUUACUGGGGAGAGAGCAUGGCGACAAGGUUCGCUUCUAGACGGUAUGAGAUAUGGGAUCCGGCUUCAUCAACAAAAUGAUAAUCGAUGUACCCGUCUACGCCCACCACAAAAAAAUACGACAGGCAGUCUUACAGGAGGUCCCAAAGAUUGAGUGAAAUU